AUGGUGCGGGUCCGAGCCGUGGUGAUGGCCCGAGAUGACUCCAGUGGGGGCUGGCUGCCUGUGGGGGGCGGGGGCCUCAGCCAGGUGAGCGUAUGUCGGGUCCGAGGGGCCAGGCCCGAGGGUGGGGCCCGCCAGGGGCACUACGUCAUCCACGGGGAGCGCCUCCGGGACCAGAAAACUACCUUGGAGUGUACCCUGAGGCCAGGUUUGGUUUACAACAAGGUGAACCCCAUCUUCCACCACUGGAGCCUGGGCGAUUGUAAAUUUGGGCUGACAUUUCAGAGUCCUGCAGAGGCUGAUGAGUUCCAGAAGAGCCUGCUGGCUGCACUGGCCGCAUUGGGUCGAGGCUCGCUCACCCCCUCCUCUUCCUCCUCCUCCUCCUCCCCUUCCCAGGACACAGCAGAGACCCCCUGCCCUUUGACGUCCCACGUGGACAGCGACUCCUCCUCCAGUCACAGCCGCCAGGAGACGCCUCCCACCGCCGCGGUGGCCCCCGUCAUCACUAUGGAGUCGGCUUCUGGCUUUGGGCCGGCCACGUCCCCCCAGCGCCGCUGCUCCUCAGCUCAGAGCUACCCUCCGCUUCUACCGUCCACGGGGAUUCCAGAGCCCUCAGAGCCCCCGGCCGGGGCAGGAGGCCCAGGCUGGGGCGGCCGCGGCUAUGAAGAUUACCGGCGCUCUGGGCCGCCCGCGCCUCUCGCCCUGUCCACCUGCGUCGUGCGUUUCGCCAAGACCAGCGCGCUGAGGGGCGCAGCCCUGGGGCCCCCAGUGGCACUCCCCGCCCCUCUGACCGAGGCUGCACCCCCAGCGCCCCCCGCUCGCCCACCCGCGGCCCCGGCCCCAGCCCCCGCGCCGGCCAAGGCCUCCCCGGAGGCGGAGGAGGCGGCGCGCUGCGUGCACUGCCGUGCGCUCUUCCGCCGCCGAGCUGACGGGCGUGGCGGCCGCUGCGCGGAGGCCCCGGACCCGGGUCGCCUACUGGUGCGCCGUCUCAGCUGCCUGUGGUGCGCCGAGAGCUUGCUCUACCACUGCCUGUCGGACGCCGAGGGCGACUUCUCGGACCCAUGCGCCUGUGAGCCGGGUCACCCACGCCCCGCCGCGCGCUGGGCCGCGCUGGCUGUGCUCUCCCUGGCCGUGCCCUGCCUCUGCUGCUACGCCCCGCUGCGCGCAUGCCACUGGGUCGCGGCGCGAUGCGGCUGCGCCGGCUGUGGGGGUCGCCACGAGGAGGCUGCCCGGUGA